AUGGUGUGCGCUGUUCUCGGGGCCAUGCGCCCGCUGAUCUAUAUAUCGACCUUCCUUGGCUACGUGCCGUUCACCAUGAACCGGGAAGGGGAACUGCGGCGCACCCCGUUCAGACUGCUGUGGACAGGCGUGGUGACGAGCGUGUACGUCACCUACGCCGCCCUCAGGCUCGUCGUCUUCAAAGUGGACACCAACGCCGCGUCGAGUCUGGGGCACGUUGUGGAAUGCGGGAUCGCCUUUUACAGCUUCAUCCCGUUGAUCGCCCCGCUCCUCCUGUACUCCACCGUCAAAUUCAAAGACUGGCAGUGCUUCGUGCGGAACUUGCACCAGAUCGACCGCCACUUCCUGCCCAACCUGUGCCCCGAGAACGCCGAGCGGCGGUGCUGCGUGCUGAAGCAGACCGUCUUCCUGGUGGCGUUCCACAGCCUCGAGUUCGUCUUCGCCGUGUGGGCGUGGUCGUCCACCUACUGGUUCGUGUACACGUGGGGCGUGCAGCAGAUGCUACACUCGGUGCUGGACCAGCAGAUCCUGAACGCGAUGCUAGUGGUGCGCGACCGCCGGCGGCGCGUCAACGAGGACCUGCUGUUGCUGGAGGGCGCGCCCGGCGGCGCGCGGCCCAAGCAGGAGCUGUACCGCCUGUCGGGCUCGCGGUCGCUCGCCUGGGAGAACGACGAGUGCCGCGUGGAGAAGCUGCGCGAGGCGCACCUGCGCCUGGCGGACGCGCACGAGGCCCUCAACCGCAUAUUCGGUCUUCCUGUGCUGCUGGAAAUGGCCUACGUAUGGGCGCAGACGAUGAUGCAUGUCUACUACCUGCUAGUGAAGGACUCAGCAUUUGGAGGCGACGGUAUGGUGGUAACAGGAGUUCACGUUCUAAACCUGGCGACCAAUCGCGACGUGGGCGGCGGGCGCGCGGCGGCCCUCGACCGCUUCGCCAAGCAGCUGGGCGCCGUUCGGCCCGAGCUCACCGCCUGCGGCCUCUUCGACGUCGACAUGCCCUUCCUCUUCACCUUCUUCGCCUCCAUGUUCGGCUACCUCGUCAUCCUCGUGCAGUUCGACAAGUCGGCCGAAUCGCCCCUGAGGAACGCGACGACCGACGGUUUGGUGUGA